AUGAUGCAUCAGCAACCCAUGAUGGUUGGAGAAAUGAUUCCUGUUCACUCUGAUAUACCUAUACAUACUGAAGAAAUGAAUAAUGUGGGCUACGACAAUAGUGGCUCCUAUGCCUAUGAUGAUUUAUUCCCUGCUUUGCCCCAUUCCCAACCUCCUGUACAACGUAACAUUCAGCAAGUUACUAACAAGCUACGAGUUGGCUCAUCUCUACAUACCCAGGUUUUCCAUGUGCCAUAUGAAGAAAGAAAACUAGACAAUGCUAAUACUUUUGGUGAGGGUGAAUCUUUGAGAACUUGUCAAGCUAUUACUAAAGAUACUGGAGCCCAUAUUGAAAUAUCUACUAGUAAGGAUGGAAGUUUAACUUUCCUUAUCACUGGAAAGCACAGUGCAGUUUUGGAUGCAAGAAGGCAGAUUUUGACUCAUUUUCAACAGCAGGCAAGCAAGCAAAUAUCCAUUCCCAAGGAACAUUAUCGUUGGAUUCUUGGUAAGCAAGGUCAAAAACUACGAGACUUGGAAAAAGUAACAGCUACGAAAAUCAGUGUGCCUAGUAUUUCCGAUAAUAGUGAAAUCAUAACGAUUACUGGAACAAAAGAGGGAAUUGAAAAGGCUGAACAUGAAAUACGAGUUUGUUCAGAGGAACAGUCACGCAAGGCAUUGGAACGUAUAACAAUACCUAAAAUUUAUCAUCCAUUCAUCCAUGGGCCAUUUGGAGAGCGGUCUUCAGCUUUGAGUGCAGAGACAGGUGCACGUAUUCAUAUACCACCCACAUCUACCCAGAGCGAUGAAAUAGUUAUUGCAGGAGAAAAAAAUGGUGUGCUUGCAGCAAAGGCCCAAAUUGAGCAAAUUUAUCAAGAGAUGGUUAACAAAUGCUCAACUGUUCGAGUGGAGGUUCCAAAAUCUCAACACAAGUAUGUCAUUGGAGCUAGAGGAACAACUAUUCAAGAAAUUCUGAGAGAAACUGGAGUUUCUGUUGAAAUGCCUCCUCCUGAUUCACCUACUGGAACAAUUACUUUACAUGGGCCUCAUAACAAAAUUGGCAUAGCACUGUCAAUGGUUUGUGAUAAAGCAAACUCAGUGAAAACAGCUACUGUUGAUGCACCAACGUGGAUUCAUAAAUAUAUCAUAGGAAAAAAUGGCUCCAACAUCAAAAAAAUUACUCAGGACUUUUCAAAGGUUCAUGUAGACAUUACACACUCUGAAGAUAAGGUUAAAAUCGAUGGUCCACCAGAAGAAGUUGAAAGAGCCCAAGUAGAACUGGAUGAUUUUGUUAAGAAUUUACUUGCAACCCUUACUUAUGUUGAACUAUCAGUUGACCCGAAAUUUUUCAAACACAUUAUUGGUAAAAAUGGAACUAACAUUAAUAGACUGAAAGAUGAGACUGGUGUAGUUAUAAAUAUAAUCGAAAACGAAGGCACUAACGUUAUCCGCAUUGAAGGCAGUCAUAAAGGUGUUGCUGAUGCUGAAAGAGAACUAAGGGAAAUGGUUAUGAAGUUAGAGAACGAAAGAACUAAAGAAGUAUAUGUAGACCACAGAUACAUAAAGUCCCUAAUUGGCGUAAGAGCCGAGGGCGAUGAUAGCGAUGUAAUCACCGUGCGGGGAAAACGUGAUAAUGUGGAAGAAGCCGUCCGACGAAUCCAACAGAUACAUAACGAAAAAGCUAAUAUUGUGACUGAGGAAGUAACAAUUGCACCAAAGUACUAUAACUCUUUGAUCGGAGCCGGUGGAAAAUUAAUUCAUUCCAUAAUGGAGGAGUGUGGUGGUGUUUUAAUUAAAUUCCCACCAACUGACAGUGAUAGCGACAAGGUUAUAAUCAAAGGGCCCAUUGAGGAUGUGGAGAAAGCAAAGCAACAGCUUUUAGCACACGCGUCAGAACGUGAAUUGACGUCUCACACGGCUACUGUGCGCGCGAAGCCUGAGCAUCACAAGUUCCUUAUAGGAAAGAAUGGGGCAAACAUUAAGAAGAUUCGUGAACAAACAGGAGCGAGAAUCGUAUUUCCGACGGAGAAAGAUGAAGACAAAGAAGCUAUUUUCAUUAUCGGGCGCGAAGAACAGGUUGAGGCGGCUCGCAAGCAACUGGAGGCUGCAAUAGCGGAGAUAAGCAACGUCGCCGAGGGUGAGAUGGCUGUCCCUCCGCGUCAUCAUAGACACUUCGUCGCAAGACGAGGUGAGGUGCUGCGUCGUAUCGCGGAUGAUUGCGGGGGUGUCCAGAUCUCCUUCCCGCGACAGGGUGUUAGCAGUGACCGCGUCGUCCUGAAAGGACCCAAAGACUGCAUUGAAGCUGCUAAAGCACGGAUUAACGAGAUCAUCGAGGAUUUGGAGGCGAAGGUUACCAUUGAAUGCGUGAUACCACAAAAACAUCAUCGUACAGUCAUGGGAGCCCGUGGUGCUAAAGUAAAGGAUAUAACGGCGGAAUUUGAUGUUCAAAUAAAGUUCCCGGAACGUGAUAAUACAGAGGGCGCAGAUAUUCCUGUAAGAGAUGAAGAGACAACUGAGCCUGGUAUCAAUGACAUUAUAAGAAUAACUGGUAGGCCAGAAAAUUGUGAGGCUGCCAAGAAAGCACUAUUAGAUCAGGUUCCAAUAACUAUAGAUGUGGAAGUUCCUUUCGAAUUGCACCGUUUACUUGCUGGACAAAAGAGGCGAGAGUUAAUGCAGACAUAUGAUGUGCACAUCCUGAUGCCCCCAGCUGAAGAGAACAGUGACACGGUCAAAGUGACUGGAACUCCAACUAAUGUGGAAAAAGCUAAACAAGCUCUUGCUGACAAAAUAGUUGAAAUGGAAAAAGAGAAAGAAGAUCGUAUUCUGAGGUCUUUUGAGCUUAAAUUCAAAGUAGAUCCUGAGUAUCACCCCCUAGUUAUUGGAAAGGGUGGAUCAGUGAUAACAAAAAUUCGAACUGAUUAUGGAGUACAAAUUAACUUGCCAAAGAGGGGUGAGCCUGAUGAUGAUAUUAUCACCAUUCAAGGUUAUGAAGAUAAGGCAUUGCAAGCAAAGGAAGCCAUAAUGGCUAUUGUGCAUCAACUUGACAACCAAUACCGGGAUGAGGUGGACAUUGAUCCACGUGUCCACAGAAGGCUCAUAGGCCUCAGGGGCAAAAAUAUCAGACGUAUUAUGGAUGAGUACAAGGUCGACAUCCGUUUUCCUAAACAUGGUGACGACAGCAUUGUUGUCAUCACUGGUGAUGAAGACAACGUUUUGGAUGCCAAGGAUCACUUACUGAAUUUGGCUGAAGAAUAUCUGCAAGACGUGGUGGAUCGCUACCAGCGCCCCGCCGCCCCGUCGCUGGCCGACUUCGGUGAUGUUCUGAACAACGAUAACAAUGCGCCGGCCAGUGGUGCUCCUUCGACCGGCUUCGUGGUGAAGGGCGGCCCGUGGGAACAACGCGCUCCCGACACCGCCUCCACUCACGAGUUCCCGACCAUGCCCGGAGCCCCCGCUCCCGCCUCCGCAGCGGCGGCGGCACCGGCAGCGCCCGCCGCUUGGGGCCCGCGACGC